GACGUCUUUGUUGUAGCCUCAGACAUGGCGGCAGAAGGUUCUGAAGACCUCAGUGGCAAUGGAGAAAUGGAUAUCCCAGAAGGAGAGCUCGGAGACUCUGAAGCCUUCGUGGCUCCAAAUCCUGAGAGCCAGGUUUCUGGUGACACCGGAGGUACAGUGAUGGAAGCGGCUGAAGCUCCUGCUGCACCUUACGCAAUGCCCACAGUGGAGGGCGACGAGGAAGAUGAGGGCGAGCUCCCAGUGGACUUCGAGAGGCUAUGGAAAGCAGCCCACGACAACCCCCAGGAUUUCUCUAGUUGGACAGACCUGUUACAGUACUGUGAACAAGAGGGUCACAUGACUGCUUCCCGCAGAGCUUUGAAUGCCUUCCUGGUGCGAUACCCACUGUGCUACGGCUAUUGGAAGAAGUUUGCAGACAUGGAGAGACGAGCAGCAAAUAACGUCAAGGCAGAGGAGGUGUGUGUGCAGGGCUUAAAAGCCAUCCCUUUGAGUGUGGACCUUUGGAUUCACUAUAUCAACUUAUUACUGGGGACUCUGAACAUGAACCUGCCUGAGUCCACACAGCGCAUUCGCAGCGUGUUUGAGGAAGCGGUGGAAGCGGCUGGGAUGGACUGGCACUCUGACCGGCUUUGGGACCUGUACGCUGAGUGGGAGAAGGAACAAGGGAACCUGAAGGCCAUGACUGUGGUCUACGACCGGGCGCUCAGAAUGCCUACACAGCUCUACCGAGGACACUAUGACAAGCUGAAGACUCAUAUUAGUUCCAAUCCACCUCAGGAAAUUCUGUCUGCAGAAGAAUAUGAGAAUCUGCGAGCAGAGUAUAAACAGAGCCAAGCUCAGGGAGAAGGAUCCAACCCCACAGAGGAGGAAGAGGAGAGACCACCGGGAGAGGAGGAACCCGCAGACAACGGCAACGGCAAAGACUCGGUAGAAGAAGCUGUGCAAAAGAUGCAGGAGCUCCUCCUUGCCAGCAGGGAGAAGGUGUUCCAGGACAAUGAGGCCGAGGUCCGCAAGAGGUGGACAUUUGAAGACGCUAUCAAAAGGCCAUACUUCCAUGUCAAACCACUGGACAAGGCUCAGCUGAAGGGCUGGCAGAGCUACCUAGACUGGGAGAUGGCCGAGGCCCAGGGUGCGAAUGAGCCCCCGGAGACCACUGAGGGGGAAUCAGCGGAGGAGCAGGAGGUCCCAAAGCCAGCGGGAGGCAUCUCUGACCACAAGCGAGUGCUGAUUCUGUUUGAGCGCUGUCUCAUCGCCUGUGCCCUCUACGAGGAGUUCUGGACCAAGUAUGUCCGUUACCUGGAGCAGUCGAGUGUGGAGGAGGCACGGAUUGUGUUUAGGAGAGCCUGUGAGGUCCACCUGCCCUACAAGCACUCCAUCCACCUGCAGUGGGCCACGUUUGAGGAGAGGCAUGGUAACUACAGUGAGGCGCAGCGUAUUCUCGAGACCCUGGAGCAAGCCAUGCCGGGAUUGGCCGUGGUGCGCCUGCGCAGGGCGGGCCUGGAGAGGCGAUUGGGCCAUCUGGACCGGGCAGAGACUCUGCUGACGGAGGCCCUGGAGCAGAGCAAAGAGAAUCCCCAGCUGCACGCAUUCUACUCAAUCAAGCUGGCCAGGCUGCUCCUCAAGCUGGGCAAGAAUGCGGCCAGGGCCCGCAGUGUCCUUCAGGAGGCCAUAGACCUCAACCCUGACAACAGUAAGCUGCACCUGAAUUUGCUUGAGCUGGAGGUGUCGGGAGACCCGCGCACCAACAUUGCCGCGGUGCAGCAGUGCGUCACCCGGGCUCUGGCUGCCCCGCUCUCACCCCGAACCAAGAUUCUCUUCUCCCAGCGGGGCCUGCAGUUUGCCGAAGACUUUGGCACCACCGUGAAAGGCGUGCUGACCAUGUAUGAUGAGCAUCAGAAGCUGCUGAAGGAAAUCGGCCCGAAGAAAAGGGGAGCAGAGAAUGGAGAUAGUGAUGACCCAGAGAAAGUGAGCCGCGCAGACGAUGGGUCUGCCUUGGCCACUGCCCAGACUGCCCCACCCACUGUACCACCUGUUCCCAUGACCGCGCCCCCUCCUCCCAUGAUUGGGGACAUGAGCAGCUCAUACGGAAGCUACAGCAGCUGGUAUCAGCAACCUCAGUAUGGAGGGUAUGGAGGAUACCAGAACCCAUGGAAUCAGUAUAACCAGUAUUACCCACCCAGCUAGGAUAAAAGGCCUGCAUGACUCACGGCUGGCCACAGGAAUUCUGGGAUACUGUUUGGUUUCAUAGAGAUAUGCACCCAUUCACUGUCGCAAUAUCCCGGGAAGUGAUUAGAGCGCUCCUUAAAAACAACGCUUGACCACAGGAAUAAGGAUAAGGAUCAAAGUCAUUCAAGGGUUUGAGAUGAAGCUUUACAAAUCUUUAAAGUUACGAUUUUAUAUUCAUUGUUUUCUUCUGUGAAACAGUGUCUAAAAAGAGGACAUCCAAUAUCAGCUCCACAUUGAAAUAUUUUAACAAUGUAGUCAUGUUUCAAAAGGCCCGAUUCUUCCCCUUCAUUGAGAUUUUAAGGUGUAAAAAGUUUGUAAUUCCCAUAUAAA